GACGGCGCUGUAGCUUCCCGCCGUCCCCCGUACGUCAGUUGCGCUCGGUUCGGUUUGCUGUGCGUAGUUUUGUCGAAUUAUUUUUAUUUUUCGACCAAAACAUUUGUUAAAUGAGUGUUUUUUGAUAUUGGACAGACAUUAUUAGUGUGUACGAGUGAAGAAAGCUUUGUGCGCAUGGAUUAAGUUACGAUGUUACCUCCUACGGCCGGUAUAGCACAAGAACAACGCGACCGGCCCGAUAUGGCAGCAUUUCAACAGCGUCGCGACGUAAGGGAACUGACCCGGGAGAUCAUCAGGGACGCCCGGGUUGCCAACAGACAACAAUCAACAUCCCCUGGAGCCCGCGACCGUUUCCCGUCGACGUCAUCAACGGACGACAAUGAGAGCGGCACGGACGGCGAAGCGGACCGGUCGCGGCGCGUCAGCAUGGUGCACGGUCACCUGGGCCCGCCGCCCGGCAUGAUUGCUGUGCGCAAACGGCGCGGAAACCUGCCCAAGCCUUCCGUCAAGAUCCUCAAGCGGUGGCUCUACGACCACCGGUACAACGCGUAUCCCAGCGACGCGGAGAAGCUCACGCUCAGUCAAGAAGCCAAUUUGACGGUUUUGCAAGUAUGCAACUGGUUCAUCAACGCGCGACGGCGCAUCCUGCCAGAGAUGAUCCGGCGCGAGGGACACGACCCGUUGCACUACACGAUCUCGCGGCGCGGCCGCAAGCAGCCGUCGGGCGCCACGGCCGCCGCCUCGCCGUCCGAGGUCGUCGCGGUCACGUGGGACGGGGUCGAGGUCGAGAACGACGCCGACCGCAGCGCUGAACACGAAUACACCGACGGGUUACUAGUGUACCGCAGCGACGGCGACGACGCGGCCGACGGCGAGGAAGGCUACUCGUCCAGCGCCGUGUCGGAGGAGGAGGUCAAGUACGACCCCUCGGUGUGGCAGUCCGUCAUCCGCUACGGGCCUGAAGACCGCGAGUUACACCCCGCUGCGAGAGGCAGGACCGCGGGCGCGGUGACGGUGCGCACAUCAGAGGAGGGCGAAGCGGGCGAGGGUGGCGGCUGGCACCCGCAGCUGGCGCACCUGCCGCAGCUGCCGCACCCGCUGCGCCGCCGCAUACAGGUGGUUCCGAGCGGCACAGGCGAGGGUGAGCGCGACAAGUUCAAGUGCUUAUACCUGCUUGUGGAAACCGCCGUGGCCGUGCGCCAGCGAGAGAAGGAACAGGACGAGGUGCGGGUGUAGUCGCAGAAACACCGUCAGGCCCAUGCAUUGGCUACAUCUGGAGGCGAUUUGCUGCCAAGCAGAAAGUAUGUAUGCGUUCUAUAGCAGUAUAGAACUGAACUCCAAUGUAGACCCACAUCACUCGUGUCCAGGAGUUCAGUCCCUAGCUGUAACACCUUCUUAUGAUUCAUCUGUAAUGAUGGUUGCUGUAGCGACAUUGAUCCCCAGUAUAUAAGUAAUCGUAAUGCUAUAUCACAUAGUUAUAUCGAAGGUUUAAAGGAAACUAUUAUUUUAUCAAAGUUUUACAAGUGGUGGGAGUAUCCCCACUGUUUUAUGUUCGUUAUUAUUAAGAAAUAGGCUUUCUGGAUUAGGUUUGAUGUUUUAACGAUAAAACUUAUUUAGUUAAUUAAAAUAUUGUCCUAAGAUUCUUCGCUUAAUAAAGCUGUGUCAAGCGUUUAUAAAUUGAGUUUUUUAAAACCUAAAAACACUUGUAUAAAGCAUUUAAAGUAGAGUUUUAAUUUAAAAACGAUUAUGUUGAUUUUAAUCGGAGUUGCUUUUUAAUUAAACUAAAAUUAGAUUUAUUGAUUGUUCAUAGCUUCCCUAGUUCAUAUUUCUUUUAGGACAUCGUAGUUCUAGUCUUUUGCUUUGCACCUUAAACGGAGUAGGACACACGACUGCAAAUAUUUUUAAGCUAUUUCUCCAUUUAAUGUCGACUGAUAUACUCAACUUUUUCUACAUGUACUGGUAAUGUCCAUUAACUCACGUCCUACAGAAAUAGAAUCGGUCGACUAUAGAAAUAAUUGAUUGGGAUUUUAUGAAUUGAGUUACCAACAUUCACAGUUGCAUGAAUCAGGAUUAAAGUAUAAAACCAUGAAGAUAGGUUAUCAGUAAUAAAACAAGGCAGAAAUCCUAAGCUAAUUAAGCAAAUGCUCCUUUUGACUAAACUUAACUCUUAAGACGAGGGAAUAAGAUUCAAAAUAUGGUGGCAAUGUUUGAUACAAAGACGGUCGACGCGUAAUAUUUCCUAAAGACGUGCAACUGUUCCUAUGUCCUAAAGAUUGUGUUUCAUGCCAAUCGACUUUAAAGAUCGCAAUAAUUAGAAAAUUAUAUAGUAAGUUCUGACUAUCGGGACACGUAAUCGCAAAUAUCGGACCUAGCUAAUAUACUUAUAUUUACAAAUAUCUUGUAUUUAUUAUUAUAUCCUUCCUAAAUAUCCUAGUUGUAAACUUGAAGGUAUCAAAAUAAAGAAUAUACAUAAGCGCGGAAAUAUAUUGUUUUUAGUUCAGUGUGUUAAAGUUAUUACCUAACACGUGUUGUUAUCGUAAUAUAAUUAUUUUUAAUUAACUCCAUAACAAUAUUAUUACUUUUAAGGUUUGUAUUGUAACGGAUAUAUCGGCGUCCCUGCGUUAUUUAUUGUUCUGUUUGCGAGUCACUUGGAAUUAGUUUACGAACAGAUUUAAAUAAAUGAUGAAAAUAAUAUUUGGCAGAAAAUAGCGCCAGAAAAAUGGUGGAAUUUGUAUACAAAAAAAAAUAUGGGCAAACGUCACUUUUGAAGUUUAGCAAACGUGUCCUCGCCGAAAACAUGCUAAAGUUUCGGCGAUCGCCAUUUUGCUAACAAUUUCUAACAAGCGCUAUUUUCAGCCAAUAUGAAGAUACAUACUCGUUAGUUUGGAAGGUACCAAACAAAGGUAAAAUAAUAAAUAGGUUGAAUUUUAUCAUAUUUGUAGAUAAGCUGCCAAUGAAAAAUCUGCUUUAAACAAAUUUUAGCAUUUGUGGUGCACCACGAAAUGGGUUUUAAAAGAGAAGAUACUUAAAUAUCUAGUAGUUACAAUGUAGUCUAGUGCAUAGCAGUUACGAGUCGUGACUCUCAGACAAAACAAUAUUCAUUUAUAUUAAUCACACACCUUGACUAUAAUCUCUCAUAGCACGUAGCGGUUGUGUAUCAAGUGUUAAACGUUUACUGCUACAUAGUACUAAUAUUUAACAUAAAUAAGUGACUGGUUUACCUAUAGCUGUGUUAACAAACUGUCUCGUUAAAAAUAUAUAUAUAUUUGUAUUUAACACAAAAUCUAUCGUAUUAGUCGCCUGUAAAUAAUAAUUUUACAUAGAACUGUAGCAUAAUUAUAUACCUAGGCAAUUAGGCAUAUACCGUAGCAUUUAGGUUCGUAAUAAAUCGGGUUUGGUGGACAGUUUUGGUCUAAUUUUAUAAAUUUUCUACACACCUAAAUCUUGCUAAUAAAAAGCUUUAAUCGAACAUUUGCAUAAAUAUAUACAAUUUAAAUAUUACAGUAUCUAUUUAUUCUUGUAUCAAAUACACAAAGUUUAUGUAUUUAAUCAUAUUUAUAACAUAAUAUUAACUACAAAACCUAUAUGAUUAUUGACCUUACUACUUAUAGUUAUUGUAUGUAUAUGAUGUAUCUUUUUAAUUGAUCGAUCACUAGAUCGAAUUUGUCUUUUAGGAGCUUGUUUAAUGCGGAUAAUAAUUUCUUUUAACGUGUAAUGUAAUUUGUUUUCUACGGUUAGUUUUUGUUCAUAUACUUCUGUACUCGAUCAAUCGUAUCUUGAUUGAUAAAGAAUUUGGGCAAGUAGGCGUGACCUUUUUUAUCAAGCCUCGGGUACACUAGGGGGCUAUUGUUUGGGGACCCAAGCGUGAUAUACUCAACGCUUGAUCUAAUGGCGCAAGUACACUGCGGAAAAUUGACGAAAAGGAAGUGCCCGCACAUCGAAGUGUGGGCGACGCAAAGGUCGAGGAAGGAGAAAGUAAAGUAAGUAAAAGUAAAAAAGUAUUUAUUACUAAAAGAUGUCACAUUGUACAAAUUAUUCUGGCGGUCUCUGCACUAAGCAGGAAAGCUUGUAUCGCAGCGGCCAAUACGAACAAUUACCUUAAAAUAAUGACAUCGGUCUUAAUAGGACGGACAUGUUUAAACUAGUUAAUUAGGCUUAACAUUUAUAAUGUGUUAAAAUAUAGUUUAAUAAAACUAUUCUAAAUAUUAAUGUUAAUGGUGUUCUCAUUACGUCUCGGCCAAUUUUCCGCAUAGUGUACUUGCGCCAUAACGUGUUUUUGCAUCAUUGCCUAUUUCGGCAACAUGCCGUGCAACUUUUUGAGAAACAUCUUUGCCCCCAUUGCAUCCAAUGCAUUAACAAAACUGAAUAUAAAAUAAGGCAAAAUUUCUGAAAACACCCCGGUUUUGUUCAGGUUCUUUUAAAUAUUUUAUUUAGGUACUUACACUAAGUUAUUUUUUGUUCAAAGAUUUUUAUGUUUUUCUACAAGAGUUCAUGUAAAUUAGUUAGUUGACACCAUAUAUCAAUUGAGAUGCUUUUUAAAAUUUUGUGUUCUUUUUUUAUAACUUUUAGCUUGAAAUUAUUGAUCACUGGUGUCAACAACUACUAGUUAAUACCAGUUGUGUGGGCAGUGGCAUGCUCGAUAGACAUUUUUGUUAUUAUAAUUUUAACUUGAAAACCUUUUUCUUAUCGGCAGUACAGUUUGAGUUAUAAUUUUUUUCAAUAAUAGUUUUGGGCCGGUAGAAUUUUAAUAAAAUUGUGGGGUAAACCCAAAAGAAGCCAGUGACGUCAAUAAUGUCUUUUGUGCAUGUCUCUCCUUUUAAAAGUGGGCGCUUGUAUAUCGAAAUAGGGUUUCUGGUAGGCACUGAUGUGGUCGGUCCAAUUUCGGUGGUGUAAUCGUAUAAAAUAUCGGUACCGAUUCAGGAAACACAUUUCCUUAUGUGAGCACCCUAAGCUAACAACACGACGUCGUAAAGGCAUGUACAGACGAGAAACUAACGUUCAACGGUAGGUAUUCCACACGACUCGGGGAAUGUUUUGUGUUAUUUCGCAUACGUUUAAUUAGUGUACUAUCCGCCACGAGUCUACGUUGAAUUUUUUAUAUUACUCGUCCUAGUGUGGCCCUAGCCUUAGUAUGUUUGGUUUAUACCUGAGGGAGCGGGGUUGCCUUCUUUUACCUGAGUACAUUGUGUAUCUUAGUAUCUAGCGGUCCUUUGUCUUGUGUACAUAGUCUUGUGUAAGAACGUAACUUGUUAGUGAUUAAUAAAAUUGAUUUCACUAGA